AUGGUUGGGCCCAUGUUACUUCUGAAAAUGUUACACUGCAGACGAAUGAAUGGCAGAAAUAUGAACUCCGGUGAUGAAAUAGGGGACGAAGGUAACUCGAAUAACGAAAACUCAACAGAAAGCAAUAUUAAGAAGGAACAAAAUGAUGAUAGCACUUGCAGGGUUUGUUUAAAAGAAGGUUGUAUACCUAUUUUUGGUAACGACACUUUAGAAGACGUUUCGGAUUCUUUAAACAUAUUUGCCAGUCUAGAAGUAACAGUGGACGAUCCGUAUCCUAAAUACUUAUGUCAGCCUUGCAAUGAGCUUCUACAAGGAGCAAUAUUAUUUAGGAAAACUGCUCAACAAUCAGAUCACCUCCUAAAAAAUCCAGUUGAGGAUUCACAUGCUAGUGGUAAUGACGACUCUUACGAUUAUGCAAACGACGACGAUAAUUUGUCGGAUUAUGAAGACCAUAAACCUAAAAAACAGAGAUCAUAUCAUUGUAAGAAAUGUGAAAUAUCAUUUGAUUCAUUCAAGGAGUUUAAUGACCACAAACUGACUGAGGAGCAUGAGAACAUGAGGCUUGUGUGUCCUGUCUGCAAUAGAUCAUAUACAGCAUUAUACUUAAAAAAGCAUUUAGCCAUACACAAACAGGAGACUCCAUUCAUGUGUGAUAUUUGUGGCAAAAACUUUUCAAUGCAGGGACCAUUUACACGACACAGGUUGACACAUUUCUAUAAAUUACCCUUCAAAUGUUCACUCUGUCCGUACAAAGGUAGAUUCCGAGAAUCUCUCAAGAUGCAUAUGCGCACUCACACUGGUGAGAAACCGUACCAAUGUUCACAAUGCCCUUCAAGGUUUAUAAACAAAAGUAAUUUGAACAAACAUAUUAAGACCCAUAAAGGGCAACAUGAUUUUAAGUGUGAGUCUUGCAACCGAGGAUUCUACACUAAACGGGAACUAGAAUUACAUUAUAAAGUGGACCAUAGUGGAAUUAAGGAACAUGUUUGUAAUAUCUGUGGAAAAGCAUUUGGUUAUAGAAAACAAAUGAUGAAACAUCAACUUAAGGUACAUAAACGAGCUAAACUUAGAAGUGGGAGGAUGCCUUUGUAUUUAAAGGUUGAAACGAUGAAACAACAAGGACAAGAUAUUUCCACGGAGAGUUGA